UAACUACAUCAUGUGUUAGUUCAAGGUUGCAUUGUUCUAUAUAAUUGUUUACAAAAUGUGUACUCAUCACACUUGCUCAUUUACAUCUUAAGUUUUCCUAACUUCACCUUACUCAUAAACUUUCUCUUCACUAUUUUCACUAUGGGUGCUUUCCAAAAUUUCUUCUUCUGCCUCCUUAUCAUCUCUUGCUACAUCCAUACAAUCACUAGCGAACAAGAAGAGACCGGUUUUGUGAGUUCAUUAAACCCUAAGUUGUUUAAAAAGAAAGAAAUAUUUAGUCACUUUAGAUUCUACUGGCAAGACAUCGUUGGAGGAAACAACGCUACGUCUAUUCCAAUUAUUCCACCUCUCCCCAACUUCAACAACUCAUUUAGUGCUUUUGGUUUAGUGAGAAUAAUUGACAACGCUUUAACGUUAGGACCAAAUUUGAGCUCGAAGUUGUUAGGUAGAGCACAAGGGUUUUAUGCAGCUACCUCACAAACCGAGCUCGAUUUUCUUAUGGUUAUGAACUUUGCGUUGUUUGAAGGAAAAUAUAACGGGAGCGUCAUCUCUAUCUUAGGAAGGAAUAUUGCGAAUAGUAAGGUAAGAGAAUUGUCUGUGAUUGGAGGGAGCGGUGUUUUUCGAUUUGUUAAGGGAUAUGCUGAAGCUAACACAAUCUCUUUUGAUCCAAUAAAAGGAAAUACAGUUGUUGAAUACAAUGUCUUUGUUUCUCAUCAGUAUUGAUGUUUUUUGUUUUGUUGUUAAUAACUAGUGAUGAUGUUCAUCUUUGCAUGUUUUUCAUAUGAGGAUUGAUGUCGUGAUAUGUUUUCUGUUUGUUGGUGUGUAAUUGUGAUCAAUAUCAUGAUUCGAAUAAUAAAACUUUAUAUUAUUGAAA